AUGGCAACUGAAGCCACUCCUGAAAACCUUGCGACGUCCUCUGCUAUACCCGACCAUGAGCUGGUGGGUCCUGAUUCUCUGUUCAAUGACAUUUUUUGCCUGCUGACUUGCGCCCAGAAUAUAACUGAAACCUCGAGCCACGAUGUCUCCUCUGAGCAGCCUCUCGUAAAUGGGACUCCAAUCACCAAUACCGAGAAAGAUGAGAUUAAGCAAGAUACAGAGCAUGUCGAACCAAGCGUCAACUCGGCGGAGGUCAGUGUUAGUGGAGGAUCGGAUACUGAGGCUUCGAAAGCGGAAACCACGAAAGCCCAGACGGAUGAGAAGGGCCAUCUUCGAACUUCAUCAACUGUAAAGAAGUUCGCAUCCUUCAAACCAGUCUCGGUCAACAAAACUUUUCUUGCGGCCAAGGGUGCGACCACGACGCCACCGUCAAAAUUAGGCGACAAAGGACCUGCAAGUUCUAUUGUGGCUUCUGGUGGACCUUCUGCAAGCACAACACUUAGACCUCGAUUGGUGGCCAAGUCUGGAAGUGGUCUACGUGAUUCUACCCCCCGAGCUUCUACAGCGGCGAAUGGUAGCAAGCCUGGCGCGGCUCCGGAUGCGAGCGCUGUUUGGAACAAGAACAGGCCGGCGCCACCACCUGAACCCAAGCGAUUCACGGACGAGGAGCUCAAGCAGCGAUAUGGAAUUCAUCUAGCUACGAGGCUUCAAACGGACGAACCCGGAGGAAAGGAGAAGAACUGGGCUGACAUUGAUGAUGACGACGAUGAUUGGGCUCCAGAAACCAUUGAAUGGACUGAUGGUACAAAGAUCACGCUACCACAGGCCGAUGAGGCACCAGUCCCAAGUCCGGAACCUGUUCCUGCACCAAUCCCAAUAACGAAAGAUGUGAAGCCCACCGAGAUCCCGAAAUCAAAGUCGCCUGCUCCAGUACAACAGUCAGCCUCUCCUACCGUGAAGUCCAGUGGAUUUGGCUCUGGAAGAGCUGGCCUUGUUCUAAAAGGCGCUUCCGAGAAGCCUACAUUGGUUGCAAAACCUCCGGGACCACCGACACCAGUCAAGUCGCCAUGGGCUCCUCUACCCCCCGUAGAAAAGGUUACCCCGGCAGCAAUCGAGACGCCCCAAAAUCAACAGCCUCAACAGAGCCGCUUUGGUCAGCGAGAUCCUCAUGGAUUCCAGGCCAUGCCUCCUCCAGCAAAGGAGAUUGCUGCGGACGACUUCAGCAGGUCUUGGAGAGAUGGCAAUUCAAACUCGAGCAGAGAGCUAUACAACUCCCAGUCUGGCAGAUAUGAGCCAGUAAAUGACAAUCGACGAGGAUCUGUUCGUAGCGAUGCGCACUCUAGACAACCUGCGGUGCUGCAGAGGCCAUCGCACGAUAGUGGUGGUCCUGCAGAACCUUCAGCAGCGUUUCAGACACAUCGUGCUACUGGACUAGACGGUGGUUACGGGCGUCGUAGAACUUCAUCCAAUGUUAGUGGAGGCAGUGGAAAUUUUGGUCGGCGCAUGAGCAGAGGGGGUCACGAGAUGCCUCCACCACAUGAGAUGCUGAAUGUCCGAAGGGGCUCGCUAGCUGCUGUUAGCGACGCGCCUUCCUCGCCGCGCAACUUCUCGCCUUCCGGUCAACCACCACCCCAACAACAGGGCCAACGCGGCUACCAAAACCAAACAUGGCAAACUCGUGGCUCGCCCGUCGUUAGCCACACCUCUCCGCAAUCUGUUCAUAAUCAGGUCAUUCCUUCUGCCUCGGCAUCGGUCGACGGCCAAAGUGCGCCUACAAGUGCAAUCCAAUCUGAGGAUCAGGUCUUCGAGGAGCAGAAGAAGCAGAUGAAACAGAAGCGCGAGCUUGCUAUCAAGAGACGCCAAGAAGAGGAGGCCAGAGAAGAGGCUGCGCGAAAAGAGCGUAUCCGCAUUAAACUUGAGGCCAUGGGUCCUCCUCCAGACAACAAGAAGCACAAGAAAGACACCCCAAAAGACGAGAAGGCAAUGCCCACACAAAUCCAGUCGCGCGGAGAGUCCAAUUCACUUUCAACUGCGGUCAAAGCUGAGGUUGUUGAGGGCUCCACAGAGUCAACUGUGCAUAUUCUAGGGUCCGUGCACGAGUCAACUUCGACGACCAAGACUGCACUUGAUUCCAAACCUUCCGAGAAACCUUCUGCAAAUCAUCGCCCCAACGGUAUUGACCAAGGCGAGCAGGAUCUGUCUGCGCAAUCUACCGCGGCUGUCCAGCAGAAUCCUCACCAGAACAGAUCUUCGCAACCUUGGCAAAGCAACUCAGUCUCCAAUUCUGAGAGGUACAAUUGGGCUCCGCCACCAACGCAGCAAUCGUCGAGCAACGUCUGGGGACCUCCACCAACCAACAACAGGGCUCUCGGCAACGGCGCAUUCAAUCCAGAACUGGGUCGCUUACCCGAUAUGCAAUCUUCCUCUCGUCCUGGACCGAUCGGGCCACCGAAUUCAGCCCGAGGCAAUUACCAAUUUGCACAAGGUCAUGGAGGUGAAUAUAGUCGCUCCAGACCAGCACCUAUUGGUCCACCUAACAGACUUCAAGAUAGCUCUACCAAAGAUAAUGGUCGUCUAGCUCGGACAUCACCAUGGGCCAACGCACCGGCUAUCAUCGAAGCAAGCGACAAAGCCUAUCGCGAAAAGGCCGAAAAGGAGGCUGCAGUUAGGAAAGAGUUAGAAGAAAGAGGCGAAGCUCCGGAGAUUAAUCAACCGAUCUACAAAGAGACGUGGGUGGAGGCAGUUAUUGUUAAUGGCCAUCGUGUUCUAACAGGAAAUGUGCACAACACUGUCCUGGAUCCAUCAGCGCAAGCAGACUCCACAUGGAGACAAAACCAUGCAAGAGCCCCCGAAGUCCAAGAAGAUCAAAACACUGCUCACAAUCAACUCGAUGCCGUUCAUGCGCCACAGCAUCACUUUAACGAUUCUUGGAAACCUGCACCCGGACACAAUGGGCCAUCCCCGGCCCCCCGCGGAUCUAGAUUCUUCCCUGUUCAAGAUGUCCGCCUCGAGGAGCAAAACAUGUCAUUUGACAGACCUGGAUCGCCCUCUCCGCCUCCACCUACUAUGCCUGGCCACCCGGUGUAUGAUGGCGAUAGUUCACACCCCCAUGUCUCCCUCCCUAGACCCCAGAAGCCUGACGUCGUUGUCAAACUACCUCCACCAGCUCUCGCUCCAAUCGGCCCACCAAAGCCAGUAUCUUUCGCUGCAGCCGUCAGUGCUCCUGCUGCACCAGCGACAAAUCACGCCUCCGGUCUAGCAGCGCAACAUAAUUAUUCUAACCGACCAGUAUCUUCUCAUCAGGAUGCUCGGCGUGUGCCAGAUUCCUCUUCUGGAGGCUGGCAAGAUCGGAUCAACACAUUGAUUGGCCGCAAACCUGAUCCUCCGAAAUUGCACGCCUUUGCGGUUGAUUCUUCGAGCAAAAACGCUCUUGAACUUCCUCAAUCACAGCUGGCUGCAACGGUGUCUCUGCCAUCUCUGUCUUCUGGAAUGUUAGCUCUCAACGAUGACCCGAUUAUGUCUAAACCAGCAGCCGAGGAAUGCUUCGAAGAACAAGAAAUGGGUUCGCUUCCUGUCAUCAAGGUUCCUGUUUCAGCACCCGCAGCAGCGUGGAUGCUUGCUCCUCAACAGCCAAAAUCUCUUCCUAAGAAGUUUCUUGCUUCGCAAGUUACCAGCGCGGAACCUAUAGUUUUCUUGGAAACCGCCAUGAACAAUCGUACCACCAUAAACGUCAAAAUGACGGCAGAUGAUGAAGCAAAGAUUGUCAGCUUUACGCGUCAGAGAAGCAACCCAAGACGAGGAGGCGCCCGGGGGGGAGUUUCACGAAACUCUCCAUCAACCCAUCCACGGGGCGGGCGAGGAAGAGACUCAUCAAGGGGCUUCCAGUCGUCAAACCCAGAGAACGGACCCACCACGUCUAGCCCAAAGUCUUUCAAUCGUGGUGGUCAUCGGGGUAGCCGAGGCUCCAGACCGAGUUGGGACACACAUAUUGUCCCUACACCUGUCCACACUUGA